AUGUCUACCCCUUCGAACGGGCAGCAGCAAGGGGAGGAGUCCCUUGCUGCUCCUGCAGCAGCAGCAGGAGCCGCCGCAGGAGCAGCAGCAGCAGCAGCAGCAGCAGCAGACGGAGCAGCAGCAGCAGCAGCAGCACCUGCAAAGACCGUUCGCAUUUCUUUUAAAGUGUCUGGAGGAACUCACUUCUCCCUUGACGUCCACGAGGAUUGGAGUGUACGUACACUCAAGGAAAAGUGCGAAGAGAAUACGCAAAUUCCAGUUGCUGCUCAAAGACUCAUCUAUAAAGGUAGGAUCUUGAAGGACGAUGACUCCAUCAGCUCCCACGGCCUUAAGGACGGGCACAUCAUGCAUUUGGUUAAGAGUGUUGCUGCUGGAGCUGCGAAUGCGCAGCAGCAGCAGCAGCAGCAGCAACAGCAGCAGCAGCCGCAGCAGCAGCAGACUCCAGCUUCCACAGCUCCUGCCUCCACAGGCGCUCCAGGCGCCACUCCUGGUGCAAUAGCGGUGUCGGUGAUCACUGUGGGGUCGACUUCGUGCGGUUUGCUGCACGGAGUGCUGGGUUCGAGUUUGGGGCCUUCAGUGGAGGCCACGCGUUUUCGGUUUUUGCUGCUAGGGUUUAUUUAUGCACUUUUGUUUUUAUUUGGAACUCUUUUGAUGCUUUUUGUUGUCAAAGAAGAAACCCUAGAGCCUCAGUACCCUCCCCAAACCCUCACCCUUUCCCAGUGGCUCCACGCCGGCGUUUACUCCGCGCAGCAGAUGUUCCUCAACGUUCCGUUUUUCCUGCUGAUGGUGGCCUACUCGUGCAUGAUCAUGGCCGGAGCAGUGACCCCCAUGCUGCUGCCUUACUUCUGCAAACAUGUUGUUCAAUCCCGCGAGGCCUUCGACUGGGCGCCGCUGCUCUUCACGGCCAGCGCGGUGGGCGGAAUGCCCCUGUGGGUUUUCCUGGGCAGUUCUUACCUGAAGGUGGAGAAGAAGUGGAGGUUUGUGCUUGCAGGAGUGUGGGUGGGGUUUUUUCUGGGACUUUCGGCCUUAAUUGUAAAACCCGGAGACAACGCUUUGUUCAUUUCGCUCUCCAUCAUCGGGGGUUUAGGAAUGGGAGGAUACUUCGCAACUCCCGAGGCCAUGAAGCCGGACGUGGUGGACUACGACGAGUUCCGGACGGGAGCCAGGCACGAGGCGCGCUUCGCCGGAGUGUUCAUGUUUUUCGCCAACAUCUGCGCGGGAAUUGCCCUCGAAGUUAUGCUGCUGCUGCUCGACAACUUCGGAUAUGACGGCAGCAAACAAAUCGGAGAACCCGAACCCCAAAAAGUGGUUUUGCUGCUGCGCGUCGGCUUCGGCAGCACUUUGCUGCUGCUGCUGCUGCUCAUUGUGCCCGCCAUGGCCUGCUACCCCAUCACCCGCCAGAAGCACGCCGACAUUUUGGCUGCAAUUCAAAAACGACUGGAGGGCCAACACGCAGCAGACCCCCUCUACGGGGGCCCCCCUUUGCCCCCUUAUGAAAACGUCAGUCUUUUUCGCCAAGUCCAAUCUUCGGAAAUUAAUGAACAACAAACCAGUUCUUUCCUCCAGCAAGUUGGAAUGGAAGUGGGGUCUUUAGCGGGGAUUCACGGCGACCGAGCGGGGAUCCGAAACAUACCCUAG